AGAAGAGACAAAUUUGACAUUCGUAAAUCCGUUGGUUAUGACGGUAUUCACCUAAAACUUGUGAAAGUGGCUGCUGAAUAUAUUGCCGAACCAAUCGCCUAUAUUAUAAAUUGUUCCUUGUCGAAAGGUGUAUUCCCUGACAAACUGAAAAAAGCACGGGUGACUCCCAUUUUCAAGAAAAGGUGUGCUUAUGAAGUUGGAAACUACAGGCCGAUCUCCGUUUUACCUGUCUUCAGCAAACUGUUCGAAUCAUUCGCCAAUAAACAGUUGUGUGCCUUUAUGGACAAAUUUAAAAUUCUUUCAGAAAAUCAGUACGGGUUCCGAAGGCAAUAUAGCACUAAACUCGCCUUAGCUGAUCUCACAGCUGAAAUCUCAAAAAGAAUUGAUGAAGAUUUUGUCACACUUGGUGCUUUUAUAGACUUGAGAAAAGCUUUCGAUACCAUUGAUCACAGUAAUUUGCUAGCUAAGCUACAACAAUAUGGGAUUAGAUGGUCAACUUUGAACUGGUUUAAAACUUUUUUGGACGGUCGGCAACAAUAUGUCAGUACUAAAAACAAUGAUUCUGACUGUGAAACUAUUUCCACAGGGGUACCACAAGGGUCAAUC